AGCACGCGCUCCCAUCCAAAUCCGACUAUCUGCCGAGUGCUCAGCUCAGUAGCGACAGCUUAGCCGGAGAUCCGAGUUCUAUCCGACUACGCAGGACAAGUAUUCGGUAGCCGCCGCAAACGACACGCCACGCAUGGGUAAUAUCGCGUCGCAGUGCGUCGCGGCCGGCUCCGGCAGCCGCGCGAGGCCUCUGGUCGUCGGGCCGGACGGCAGCCGGUCGUGGCCGGAGGAGGGCACCGGGGUCGCCGAGCUGAUGAUCGAUGCGCCUGGGUACGUGGUGGCUCGUGCCGCGGACGUGACCAAAGAGCGGCGGGUGCGGGCGAGGGCGGCGGACGAGCUCCUCCGCGCCGGCGAGGUGUACCUCCUCGUGCCCGCUGGGCGGACCGGGGCGCGGCUGGGUGACCGGGAGGUCGAGGCCAUCAGCCGGUUGGUCUCGGGGGAGAAGAAUUCGAGAAAGGGCAGGCCCGGAGCCGGAAAGAGGGUAUUCCCGGAGGUCAACGACGAGGAGGUGGUGGUUGAAGGAAAGGCAGUCGGGUGUGCCAGUGCCAGUAAACGGGCCCAGGUCCAUGGGCUUGGGCCCAGGCAGUGGAGGCCCGCGCUGGAUACCAUCUACGAGGCUUAGAAUUGCAGAGAGAGAUGAUUUUUGCUCUUGAUUUGUUUUUAGGGAUAAGAUAGGAUAGGAAAUCCGAUUCUUUCAUUCAUAUUGUUUUUCCUUGCUCUUCCUGUGGAGAGCAUGGGUGGAGAAGUUGUGCAUAUAUCUUGUGAAGUAUUAACCCUUUGAUAUUUCUCAAAAGAAAAA